CAUCAGGUGUAGGGUCAGAGGUGAAGGGUGAAGCACGAGGCAUUGUGGGAAGGAAACAUGGCAGCGCGGGUUGUUGCGGCGAGGUGUCGGAAUAUCUACGGUUUAAAAAAGAAGCCCCAUGGUCUGCGUAACUUCUGCAGCAGCGGUGACCCGGGGUCAGUUCCUCUCAGCCAACCGCUGCCCAGCCUUCCCGUCCCGCAGUACGCGACUGUUACCAACCAGACGUACGACACCAAGAUCACGACCCUGGAGAACGGGUUAAAGGUCACAUCAGAGAACAAGUUCGGCCAAUUCUGUACAGUAGGAGUCCUUGUGGAUUCCGGUUCCCGACAUGAAGUUGCUUUUCCCAGCGGCAUCUCACACUUUCUGGAGAAACUGGCUUUUAAUUCUACAGCCAGGUUUGGUAACCGUGACGACAUCCUGCAGCAGCUGGAGAAAUAUGGCGGCAUCUGUGACUGUCAAUCAUCCAGAGACACGAUAAUGUAUGCAGUAUCAGCAGACAGGAAAGAGGUGGAUCCGGUCGUCAGUUUACUGUCUGAUGUCGUCCUGAAACCUAACAUCACAGAGUUAGAGAUCGAGGACACGAGACGAGCGAUCCAGUUUGAACUUGAGGACCUGAACAUGAGACCUGACCCUGAACCUCUGCUGACAGAACUCAUCCAUGCUGCUGCCUUCAGAGACAACACAGUAGGCUUGCCCAAGCUCUGUCCACCGGACAACAUCCUGCAAAUCGACCAGUCCACCCUGUUUAACUACCUGUCCCUAAAGUACAUUUUACUCUCUUGUAUGGUGCACUUUUUUACCAUUUUGUUUAUCUUUUAUAGUCAGCCUUCAGAGACAACACAGUGGGCCUUCCCAAACUCUGUCCGCCAGACAACAUCCUGCAAAUCGACCAGUCCACCCUGUUUAACUACCUACAACACAGUAGGCUUGCCCAAGCUCUGUCCACCGGACAACAUCCUGCAAAUCGACCAGUCCACCCUGUUUAACUACCUAUCCCUGCACUACGUCCCGUCCCGCAUGGUCCUGGCGGGGGUUGGUGUUAAACACGAAGCUCUGGUCGAGGCAGCGAACAAGUACAUUGUGGGGGGCAAUGCAUCGUGGGAAGGGCAGGGAAGAUACCCUGUUAAGGCGGUGGAUGAGUCCAUUGCGCAGUACACAGGGGGGAUGAGACAGGCUGUGCUGAACAUGAUGAUGGGAGGGGGCGGGUCAUUCUCCGCAGGGGGUCCUGGGAAGGGCAUGUACACACGGCUGUACCUUAAUGUGCUCAACAGGUACCAUUGGAUGUACAAUGCCACAGCGUACCACCACAGCUAUGAGGACACUGGUCUGUUCUGUAUACAUGCUAGUGCACACCCCACAGAGGUUCGAGAACUGGUUGGUGUGUUAGUCCGAGAGUUUGUCCGAAUGGCAGGGCCAGUGGGAGGGGUUGAGUUGGCACGAGCCAAGACCCAGUUGCAGUCGAUGCUGAUGAUGAAUCUGGAAGCUCGACCAAUCGUGUUUGAGGACAUCGGCAGGCAGGUGCUGAACAACAGUGCCAGGAAGACUCCCCAGGAGUUCUGCAACAUGAUUGCUGCUGUUACCGAGGAGGAUAUCCGGCGGGUAGCGCGACGGAUGCUGGAGACCAAGCCGUCGGUCGCGGCGCUGGGAGACUUGCGACAGCUCCACUCUUACGAGGACAUCCAGACAGGGCUGGCCAGCAGGGACGGACAGAUGCCGAGACGCUUCACGCUGUUCCGGUAGCCAUGGUGACGUCGCCAUGGUUUCAGGACAUUUAAGAUAGUUCAUAGACAUGCUGUCUUACCUUUAUGUUUCAUACCUUUAUGUUUCAAAGGUGCAUCAUACCUAUAUGUUUCCAGCAGGGCAAGGGACGGACAGAUGACGCGGCGCUUCACGCUCUUCCGGUAGCCAUGGUGACGUCGCCAUGGUUUCAGGACAUUUAAGAUAGUUCAUAGACAUGCUGUCUAAGCUUUAUGUUUCAUAACAAAAGAUGCAUCAUAACCAUAUGUCUCCAGCAGGGACGGUCAGAAUUGCCGCGGGGCUUUACGCUGUUCCGGUAGCCAUGGUGAUGUUUCCAUGGUUUUUGUGGACAUUAAGGAAGUUUAUAGACACUCUCUCUUACGUUUAUGUUUCAUACUGAAAUGGUGCAUCAUACCCAUUUGUCUCUGUACAAAGCGCACAUAUAGAAGAGCCCCAAUGCCAAAAAUGUGCAUCGUACCUUUACAUGUAUUUGUCUUGUUACCAAGCUCAUAUACUUGAAGUGCCCCCUACCCCCAUGCUUCUGCACAUACAUGAGUUUCCUUUUCCUUGAGAUUUUAUUUAAGACAUAAGAAGAAAAAAACAAUGUUAUUGGGUCACUUUUGGGUGAACAUAUGCGGAUAAAGUGUCUCCCACCGUCAAGCACACUUUUAUUGUAUUGCUAGUCACAUCUUACAUGACAAAAAAUGCACAAUCUUUGUAAAACCAAAUACUUUAUAAGACAAAUUCUUCUACGAUAGGUGAAGACGAAUUAGUGAAAUGAACAAGCAAUAGUGGUAUUGAAUAAAUUCUCCAGUUCUGAGAUUUAUUGAAUCAGAUAAGACAAAAUGAUACAGUUUUUAAGACUUUAU